AUGACAGAUUCACAUUGUUUAUAUAAUAAUAAAGCCAUUAGAGACUAUUUUGACGAUACGCCUGCUGAAGAGUGGUCGUAUCUUAACUUUUUAAACUUUUUUAAACCUGUCAUUAUGUCAAAUUUGGAUGUAACGGAACGAGAAGAUAGAGGUACAUGGAGAAAGAGAUUUAUAACACGUAUAGACAAAAUUGUGGAAGGUGACGCGUAUAGUGAACAACAAAGGUCAAGACAGUACUACACAGCCAAAGGACGGUUUUGUUCCCUCCGGAAAUAUGACGGUUUCGUUCCCUCCGAGAUAGUUUCUGGGACAAACCUUGAAAAAGAGAAAAAAGUCUUACGUGGAAAACGAGAGAUAAUGAACAAGAUGAAUUCAGUACGCAACAAAACAGAAAUAGAAGUUCUAGAUCUAUUACAUACUGCACGCACAGGAAAAGUGAAAAAAUUUUUGAAAUCAUACUCAUUGAAGCGGAAACCUGAAAACGAAAUGCCCAUCCAUACCCACUCCUUCAUAAUAUGUGAUCAUGAUGAUAAAACAAAAGCAUUAUUCAGUAAAGAAGACUGGAAGGAACUCACAAAGAAGCCUCCAUUGCCAUCUGUUGAUUAUGAAAUUGGAAAAGAAUUGGCCAAGUACAUGAAGGAAAGUCUUACUGAACUUCGCCAAGAAGUAAUGUGCAAUUUCCUGAAAGAAAAUGAAAUUUAUGAUCCAAAGAAGCAUUACUUAAAAGAAUGGAUCCAAGUUACCUUGAGACUUCUGUGCAACCUUUAUGAAAAUCCAUCUGCUCCUUUAUGCCAGGAACAGUAUAAGGACUGGUUUUCAGUCAACCUGUUUGGAAACUGCUUUGAUUUCUUGAUGAGACACCCAGGAAUGUCUACAGAUACACCAUCAACUGCCUCAGCAAAUAGAAAAAAUAGAGCCAGUACCAGAAAACCAAAACAAAGAAAAUUGACUGGCAGAAAGAUUGAUGGGAUUAUUCAUCAUCCAACUAAUAUAGAAUUGGGUGCACUUGAAGCAGCAAGAUUUUUUGUAAAUGAUGGAGAUCAAAAACUGCCUUAUUGA